CAAACUUUCACCAAAUCAUUUGCCAAAUCAUCAAAUAUACCAUACUCAUGGCUGGACUUCUGAAGUGGGCUAGAGGUGCAGUCAAACGGGCACCCUCACCACCACGGGUCUACCCAAUCGUGAAGUUUCCCCUGAUCAGCACAUCCGAAAAGGUCGAAGAAGAAAACUUUGGAAUCGAACGAUACUAUCCAACCCGUAUCGGGGAAGUUCUUUCCUCUAGGUACCAAGUCGUUGGAAAGCUAGGGUUUGGAAAUUCGUCAACGGUGUGGCUUGCCAGGGACCUACAGUCAGUGAUGCCAUUCACGGGCAUAAGAAGAUGGAAGCUAAGCAAAACAGAGCCCACCGUCACGUAGCCGUCAAAAUAUUUACUAAUGACAGCAAGGAUACUGACGAAAUUGCCAUUUAUAAACACCUUAGCCGAGGAAAUACAUCAAGUCUCGGCUACCGCUACAUUCGUACAGCGAUGGAUUCCUUCGAGUUGGUGAGCCGUGGGUUGAAACACCCAUGUCUUGUGCAUGAGCCACUAUGGGAUAGCCUCAGGACAAUUCUCGAACGGAGUGGUCGAGACAGACUCACAGAAGAACUCCUUCGAAUCAACCUCCAGCGUUUAUUUCUGGCAUUAGAUUUUCUUCACAUGGAUCGGAAGUUGAUUCACACAGGUUGUUAUCAUGACUCGCUUUCAUUCCGUAACGUCUCCUAAUUUUCUUGUUUCAGAUAUCAAAUCCGACAACAUCUUGCAUCUCAUCGAAGAUACCUCCAUCCUUGGAGCCUUUGAGGAAGCCGAGUUUUCUCAACCAUCACCCCGAAAGAAUGCUGCAGAUCGAGAGAUAUAUAUUUCCCGAAUGCUAGACAUGCCAAAGUCUAUAGGUGAACCAGUCCUUUGCGACUUCGGAAACGCAGCCGACGGGACGAAAGUCAACAACUAUGAUGCUUAUCCGGAUGUUUACAGGUGCCCAGAAGUGAUGUUUGGUUUCCCUUGGAGUUACAGCGCUGAUAUUUGGAAUGUCGGUGCCAUGGUGAGUAACCUUUCCUGCUCAAAACAUAUUUUGAUGCUUUCAUUCCAUUCACUGACCUGGCAGUAGAUCUGGGAUAUAUUUGAAGGCAAACACCUCGUCAGUGGACAGGAUCCCAAAAAAGGGCGCUACAUGACUCGUGCCCAUCUAAGAGAAUUGAUUUCCAUUAUUGGGCCGCCCCCAUUGGAGCUUAUCAAACGAGGUAGGAGAUCGGCGGAGUGGUUCGAUGAGAAUGGUAAAUGGCUUGAACCAGAUGAGAACCAGCCAGACCGCUUACCGCUACUGGCGAGCAGUAGUCUUGAGGCUGUGGAAGAGAAUCUUGAUGGGAAGGAUAAAGAGAUGUUUCUCAACUUCGUUAAGUCGAUGUUACAAUGGGAACCAGAGAAGAGGAAGACUGCAAGGGAGUUAUUACAUGAUCCUUGGCUACGUCGAUCACAAAAAUGAGCCGUGAGAUGUGGUUGUUUUGUCAUUUGGAGAGAUUAGAAGUCUAAAACUCAGAGGGACAUUUAGUUUUUGCAGGUAAUCCUUGAAAAUUCUGUCAAAUAGAGCGUUAUAGAACAUCGGGCUUUUAUAAAAUGCUUG